AUGUUCCCAGCAUUUAAAGCCAAGGUCGGAGAAACUAUCGUACAGUUUGAUGACUUGACAAAAUUUGCAGGAGAAAUGUGGCUAUGCGAUGGAUCCGUUUUCGUAGCAGCGCUAAAAUUGGUGGAUGUGUCGAUGCGCGCACGCGAUGGCGGACGAAUUACAGACAUACCCGUGGUCGAUCCUGUAUUUCUAGGCUUCGAACACGAACUUGACUGUGCGCGGAUGCUCGAUACCAAGGUAUGCGUGCUGAGCAAAGUAGUCGCUUCCCGCGUCAUCCUGGUUGCAAUAUAUAUCAACGUCGAUAUUCAGCAUUGGUGCGGGGCAAUUAUCGACUUCGGCAGCAAGAUUAUCUGGAUUUACGACCCCAAAGACAGAUACGAUUUUCUUGAUAAAGUCGAAAACAUUGUGCUGAGAAAACUGGUACUGUUGAUUGAAAAUAUAUGGACGCUGACCAUUCGACGUUCAUCCGCAUGGCAUCAGAAGGACGGAUAUAAUUGCGGAGUACUAAUCGUCAAGUGGUUUGAGACGUUUCUUAACGUCGCUGCGACCACCAAGGCUGAAGAGAAUAUUUAG